AUGAACAACUUCCGAGAGAACAGUAUCGGCGGUAUCCCAGUCGACGAUAUGAAGAAGCAAGACAUCGAGCAGAUUGAACAGGAGAUCCCUCAGACCGAAGAUGAGAAGGCUGCAUUUGCGGCGGAAGAGAAGGCCCUUGUGAGGAAGAUCGAUCUGUUCCUUCUUCCCACGAUAUGGCUUAUGUACCUGUUGUCCUAUAUGGACAGGACCAAUAUCGGGAAUGCACGUAUCGCAGGAAUGGCGGACGACCUGAGCCUUACUUCGAACCAGUACUCAAUUAUCCUCGUGGUCUUCUUCAUCACCUACGUGCUUUUCGAGGUCCCCUCCAAUAUGAUCUUGGCCAAGUCGCGACCGUCCAUUUUUUUGCCGACUAUCAUGGUCUUAUGGGGCGCAGCAACCUGUGUCAUGGCCGCCGCGCAGUCCUACAAGCAUCUCAUCGCCCUCCGCCUCAUUAUCGGCAUGUUUGAAGCGGGGUUUGCACCCGGCAUUCUCUUCAUCCUGUCUUCCUGGUAUAAGAAGAACGAACAAUCCAAGCGAUUCGCUGUCUAUAUCUCUGCUGCUGUCCUUAGCGGCGCUUUUGGAGGCAUUUUGGCGGGGGCCAUCACAGGGGGACUGGACGGAGCUCAUGGGAUCCGCGGCUGGAGAUGGCUUUUCAUCGUCGAAGGUGUUGCCACAAUUGUAUGGGCGGUUAUCGCCCACUUCAUCCUACUCGAUUUCCCAGCCACCACCAAGCGGCUCAGCGAUCGUGAGCGCCACGUCGCUCUUGCCCGCCUCGCCGCCGACAACGUGACCGCCCGGGUUGAAGGCGCGCCCAAGCUCACCUCGUUACAAGCCUUGAAGCAGUGCGUCACCAACUGGCGUGUCUGGAUGAUGGUGGCCGGCUAUAUGGUCAUCGUCGGCUCGUCCACUCUUUCAUACUUCUAUCCGACUUUAGUCAGAGGCCUGGGUUACACCGCGAUAAUGGCGCAAUACAUGACAGUCCCAAUCUAUGCCGUCGCCUUCGUCGCCGUUCUAACAACUGGCUACUUCUGCGAUAAGUAUCCCAAAGUCCGCGGCCUCGUCAUUGCCAGCUGGCUCACCUUGGCCCUCAUCUGCGCCAUCGUUAUCUGCCUCGUCUACAACUUCACGGCGCGGUACGUGCUCCUUGUCUUCAUGGCCACAGGGCUCUGGGCGUCCAACGGGCUCGCACUGUCGUACUGCGCCUCGACCUUCGGUGCCAUGCCGCAAGAGACACGCGCCGUCUCUCUUGCGCUGGUCAACGCGCUCGGAAAUCUUGCUCAGAUCUAUGGCGCGUAUCUUUUCCCUACUACAGACGCGCCGAAGUAUCUCUUGGGCUUUGGUGUUGUCGCUGGGAUGUGUGCGUUCGGGAUUGGCGUUUACGUUUUCGCGCAUAUUAUUCUCAGGAGACACCCGACCAAGACGGUGUACUAG